AUGAAUAAUACACCUUUCUUCCACUUGAUGUUAUGUUUUAGUUUUCUACUGCAAAAUACUAUUUGUGUGAUAUAAUCAGUUUACGAAGAAUUUAAUCGUAAAAUUAUUUCAUUUCCCAAUAAUAAAUGGACUUGCUAAAACAUCUAAAUACCUCCAAAUCAGGUAUUUCAUUGCAAUAAAGGAAUGGACUCAAUUAAGUUAAAUUAAACAAAUCAUUAAUGCAAUGUUAUCAAUACCAAAUUUUAGAGUUUAUUACCACACUUUAAAGUUUAAUUAUAUAUUGAUGUAUAUGGACAUGGAGCUUUAGAAUAGAAUUAAGAUGAUUGUAUAAAGAUAAAAAUGAAUAAUGUCUUAUUAAAAACUGAGUGUCUAUACCCAUUGCAGAGUAAAGCUUUUGGAUAAUCUCAAUAAUGUUCGUAUGAUUCUUCAAUUAAUUACUAAUUGAGAAGAACAAAAAUAAUUGAAUAUAAUAACUAAGAUAAUUUGAUAUCUCUGGAGGUAUAUAGUGGCACAAGUAAUGUUUUCGAAAAUGAGGCAUAUUUAUUUAGAAAUAUAUAACUAUUUUCAUAUAGAUGUUACAAAACAUGUAAAACUUGUUUUGGCGAAGGGAAAAAUGAAUGUAAUAGUUGUUAUGAUGGAAUAACGAAAAGUAGUACUAAUUCAUGUUAGUCUUGUAAGAUGAUGCCUAAUAACAAUAACUUUCUUUAAAUUGCUGAAGGUUGUAAAGAUAAAUGCGAAAAAAAUUUAGGUUAUGAUGAAGAUUUAAUAUGCAAUGAAGAUAUAAGUAAAAUUUAUAAAUAUUUAAAGAUUUUUAAGUAUCUUGUGAAGAAGGUUGUUAAUUGUGCACAAAUACAUAAAGUUGUUUAAUAUGUAAUACUAGGAAAUUUCUUUAUUUUGGUUAAUGUCUCAAUAGCUGCCCAGCAUAUACAAAAACUGAAGGAAUGUAUUGUUUAAACAAUCUUGAUAUUUUCAUUAAAUAUAAUUUAAGAAUUAUAUAAUUAGUGAAAGAAUUUCAUGAUCUAUCAACAACUAAAAGCAUGGUAAAUAGUUUAUUUUAAAUUUAAAAUAAUAGGAAUAGCAAUUUAAAUUUUUUAAAAGGUGAUGGAAUUUAUUUCAGCUAUCUCUCAAAUAAAAGGAUAUUUGGAGGACCAUUUGUUUGGGUAAAUGCAGUAUUUCAAUUUUCUAUAAUAUGGACUCAAAAUAUUUAAUAUAUUAAAAUAUUUUUUUAAGUAAUCUUAGGAGAUACACAAACAAAUCGCAAUGUUUUUUAUUAUAAAAUAAAUAACCAAGUUUAAUAAAGUAUUACUUUAAAUAAUGGAUACGUAGGAGAUGAUCAAAUCAUUGAAGAUCAAAAUUGGAAAAACUCAUAUAUAUUCAAUAUAUAUUAAGUUUAAUAAUCAAUCAAUUAUCAAUUUUCAUCUGCAAAGUAACUCAUUAUAGAUUUUGAUUGUAAAAAUGAAGAAAAACUUGCCUUUUGUGGAAUUUAGAAUUUUGUUGUUUUUGGAUUCUCUGAAUGCAAAUCUGGAUAUACAUUUGAUUUGUUUAAUUAUGAAUCUGAUAGAAAUCCUUGCAUUCCAAUCUGUGGAGAUAAAUUAAUUGUUGGGGAGGAAGAAUGUGAUGAUGGAAAUUAUGAUCCAUUUGAUGGAUGUUUUAAUUGUAGAUAUCAGUGUGAAGAGUAAUGCAUAAAUUGUAUAAAAGGACAAUGCUUUCUAACAUAUUAAAAAGAAAAGACUUUAGAAAUAACACAUAUUAUAAAUGUUGAAUAUUAAUUGUCUUAUGAUUUGGAUAUGUUAUAAUUAUCAUGUAUAUUUAAUUGUAGCAAUUGUGUAAGAAAUAUUUGUUUAAGAUGUAAUUAUGGAUAUUAUUUGAAUUCAAUUAACAAUUAAUGUGUUACAAAUUGUGGUGAUUCCAUAUAAUAAGAUCAUGAAUAAUGUGAUGAUGGUAAUUUAGAUAACUAUGAUGGUUGUUCAAACUGUGAAUUAAUUUAAUAUGAAAAAUGUAAUCAAGAUCUUGAUACAAAAAAGCAUGGUUGCUCUGUUUGUUAUUAUGGUAAAUGCAUUAAAUGCUAUGAUGGUUUUCUUUUAGACGGAGAUGCUUGUGUUUCAAUUUGCGGAGAUAAUUUACUUAAUAAAUUACAGGAAGAAUGUGAUACUUUAGAUGAAGGAUGCUAGAAAUGUAAAAUAAAGAAUGGAUAUGUCUGUGGAAUAUUGCCCUAUUCAAAUUGUUUUACGUGUGAUGAAAACUGUACUGAGUGCCUAACUUUGGAUAAGAAUAAUCUAAUUUGCAAAUCUUGCAUAAAUGGUUAUUAUCCUAUUGAAGAUAAAUGUUAUAUGUGUGACUUGAAUUGUGUUACUUGUAAUUUACAAUCAAAUUUAUGUACAUCAUGUUUUAGAGAAGAUUGUGAUUUUUGUGAAUCUACUCCUGGCCUUAUUCCAAAUUUUAAAACUAAAAAAUGUGAUUCUAUAUGUGGUGAUGGAAUUUAAGUUGAUUAUUACGAGUAAUGUGAUGAUCAUAACUUAAAAGAUGGAGACGGCUGUGAUUCUUAAUGCAAUCUAGAAUAUUCAGAUAAUGAUCUUAAUCAAAUGAUAGAUCAUAACUUUUAAGGGAAUAAUAUCUAUGAUUUAACUAUUAAUCCUUCAUCACAACUAUACCUUUUAUGCAAUACUACAAAUAUUACUAUAGAAAAUAUAAACAAUUCAUUUUAUUUAUUCACAUCUAAUUAAAUUGAUAAAUUAACUUGUAGAUUGUAAUUUGAUUUAAAAAAAACUAUAAAUAAAGUUAAUACAAUUCAUGUUAAAAUAAAUUACGCCUUUUCAUCUCAAAAAAACAGAUUACUUUUAUAAAAGGAUAAAUAGAUUUAAUACGUUAUUACUCCAAAGGAGUUUAUUGUUCUAAGUGAAGAUGAAAAUAUUUAAAGCCAAACAAUACUAAAUGUGUAAUCAUCUUUUAAUUUUAUUUUUCUUAUUUUGAUACCUAUUUCUAUAAUUCUCAAUAUGUUUGAUUCCUUAUGGGUAAUUUUAGAAAUAUUAAGUUGGAUCAAUAAUUUCUAUUUUUUUAAUGUUAAUUUUCCUUUUAAUGUGGAAACAUUUUUUUUAAAUAGUGAUUGGUCAUCUUAUAUAAGUUUACCAACCUAUUAAGGGUUAAAUUAACCAGAUUCUAGUUAUUAUUUUAAGGCUCCUAAAAGAUUUACUGACAAAGGAAUAGACCCAUUAUUUUUCAAUAACAUACAAACCCCAUUUAUUUUUAUACUUUUCUCCUUAAUCAUAUAUUUGAUAAAUUAAGGACUUUACUAUAUCUUUUCCUUCCUUAAUACUACUCUUAAACCAAAAAUACCUUAAAAAAACAAAGCCUUUACUAUAAUUAAUUUUUAGAUAAGAAAAAUGACUUAAGAGAAUAAAUCAAUUCAAAUAAAUGAACAACAAAAAUUAGAAAAUCCUUAUCUAAUAAAGAUUACUAAUACAUUUAAAUUAACUUCUAUUCAUCUGUUAAAUUAAUUUAAAUAAACAAUUUAAUUAUGUUUAUUAGAUAUUACAUUAGCAAUUUCUCUCUAAUUAUAGUUUUCAAAAGAUUCUUCCAAUAUUAUAGUAGGUUUAAAUCAAUUCUUUGCCAUCUUAACAAUUGCCAUCCUUAUAUUUUAAAUAUAUCAACAAUAUUAAAUAUUGAAUAUUCAUUAGCUUAAAGCAAAAUGUAAACAUUUUUAAGAGCUGUAUGGAAUUUAUUACGAAGAAAUAAAUACUAAGAGUUCUUAUGGAUAUUAUUAUUAAUUUUUUGGAUAGAUAAGGAAAGUUUUAUACAUUUUAUUUCUGGUGAAUUGUUAUUAUAAACCACUUCUUCAAGUAUCUUUAUGUUAUCUAUCCACCUCUUUAGGUUUGUUUUUCUUAUUAUUUGAAAAUCCAUAUCACUCAAAAAAGGAAUUUUUGAUAGAAUUCAUAUCCAAUUUUUGUUUAAGUUCAAUAAUUUUAAUAAUUACCUUGUUUGCUAUAAACGAUCAAAUAACUAUUUUAUUUAUCGAACAAAACAAAAUUAUCUUAGGCUGGUUAAUAAUUUCAUUAGUCUUUUUGGCAAUAUUUUUCCAAAUUUGUGAUAUUUUAUUUCGAUUAAUUAUGCAAAUUGCAAAAAUUAUAAAAAUUAUUAUAAUUAAGAAAUAAUAAUAAUAGUAAUAGUUAUAAAAGCAAUUAGAACAAUAAUAAAAGACAAAAACCUAAUAGUAAUAUAGAUCAGAAACUGUUUUUCAGGUCUAACCAAUAAGAAACCAGAAUUAAACUUUGUAAAUUGCAUUAUUUUGA